CUCUCGCGCUCACAUAACAGACGAGUCCUCAGUGGCCGCUGGCACCGACGGCGGCGCAACACGCAUAGGCUUCGUCUCCUCUCCGACGCUGACGUCACGCCGCUACUGACGGCCUCCGCUGCCCAAGAUGCUGCUGCUCGUGCUGUUCGCCGUCGCUGUCGUGUGCUGGGUGCUGCACCGAUGGAUCAACAUGAAGCCCAAGAACUUCCCUCCAGGGCCUCCUUGCUUCCCAGUGGUGGGCAGCGCACUGUCUGUACCUCAAGCAAGGCCGGACCUGAAGAUGGAGGAGUGGCGCGAAACGUAUGGCCCCGUUGUGGGGCUCGUGAUGAGCAGCCAGCUGGGCGUCGCUGUCUGCAGGCCUGAUGCGGUCUUCGAGGCCCUCAAGAACGACGACCUGCAGGGGCGGCCCGACAACAAGUCCUUCCGCGAGCGCACCUUCAACAAGAGACUAGGUGUUUUCUUCACGGACGGGCCGUUCUGGGUGCAGCAACGGCGCUUCACGCUGCGCCACCUGCGGGAUUUCGGCUUCGGCAAGAUCAGCAUGGAGGGCCGCAUCCUGGAGGAGGUCGAGGACCUGGUGGGCAGCCUCGCCAACAGGACCGUGCAGGUAACUGAACUCUUCGGUAUUCACAUGGUGAACGUACUGUGGGCCGUGGCGGCUGGAUCGCGCUUCGAGAGGCACGACGCGCGCCUGAAGAAGCUGCUGGAAGGCGUGAACGAAACGUUCCGGUCCGGCAAUCCGACGGGCAGCAUGCUGAGGCGCAUGCUGCCUUUCCUCACGAAGCUGGCGCCCGGCCUCACCGGCUACACCAGGGAGGUCGAGACCAGGACGGAGCUCCAGGACUUCAUCCGGGAAGCAGUGCACCAGCACAGGGAGACUCUAGAUGUGGACAAUCCACGAGAUUUCAUUGACGUUUACCUGCGGGAGAUGGAUGCAUCCAAGGACCCUACAUUCACAGAGGAUGGACUUGUGGCCACUGUAUUCGAUCUCUUUGGUGCUGGUGCGGAAUCAGUGUCCAACACAUUGGCAUUUGCUGUGAUGUACCUAGUUCUCCACCCAGAUGUGCAGCAGAAACUGCACAAAGAACUGGAUCUCGUUGUGGGGCAGGCCCGCAGGGUCUCUCUUGAAGACAGGCCACAGUUACCAUAUCUGGAAGCUGUGAUAACUGAGGUUUCCCGCAUAAACACAAUUGCACCCUUGUGUCCGCCACAUGCUGCUCUCAAGGACACAACCCUCUGUGGAUACAACAUUCCCCAGGGAACAUGGCUCUUCAUCAGCUUGUGGAGCAUCAUGCAUGACCGGGAACAUUGGGGAGAUCCAGAUGUGUUCCGGCCAGAGCGUUUCAUUGACAAGGAGACUGGCAAAUUUGUACGAGACCCUUUCUUCAUCAAUUUUGGCACUGGUUCAAGAGUUUGUCUUGGCAUGGCACUUGCCAAGAAUAAUUUGUUCCUUUUCUUGGCAAGUCUCCUUCAGGACUUCACUAUUUCUUUGCCUCCAGAUGAACCUAAGCCAUCUACACUUGCAUUGCCUGGGUUUACUACAGCACCCAAGCCCUUCAGGGCACACUUUUCAACAAGGUGAUAUUUGAAAAGUAAUGUCUGGAAAAAGAAGUGUAGUGUAUUGAAUGCAUUUCUGUAAAUGUAUUUACUUGUAUGAAAAUAUGCUUUUCAUUUAGCAACAGCCUGUUCCUGUAAAUGUUCUGAACUUCUUGUCUAACAUCAUAUGUUUUUGUAUAAAUAUAUUUACUUUUAUAAAAACAUAAUUCUCGCUAA